AUGAUACGUGCCACUGACAAAAGUGCCACUGAUAACAUGAUACGUGCUACUGACAAUAAGAUAUGUGCCACUGACAAUAAGAUACGUGCCACUGACAACACGAUACGUCCCAUUGACAACAUGAUAUGUGCCACUGACAACAUGAUACAUGCCACUGACAAACGUGCCAAUGAUAACAAGAUACGUGACACUGACAACAGGAUACAUGCCAAAGACAAAAUGACAUGUGCCACAGACAACGUGAUACAUGCAACUGACAAUAUGAUACAUGCCACUGACAACAAGAUACACAACAAGAUACAUGCCACUAACAACAAGAUACAUACCACUGACAACAAGAUACGUGCCACUGACACCAUGAUACGUGCCAUUGACAACAAGAUACAUUCCACUGACAACAAGACACGUGCCACUGACACCAUGAUACGUGCCACUGACAACAAGAUACGUGCCACUGAUAACAAGAUACAUGCCACAGACAACAAGAUACGUUCCACUGACACUAUGACACGUGCCACUGACAAGAUACAUGCCACUGACAAAAUGAUACGUGCCAAUGACAACAAGAUACACUACAUGAUACGAGCCAUUGACAACAGGAUACGUGCCAAAGACCAAAUGAUACAUGCCAGUGACAACAUGAUACAUGCCAUAGACAACAAGAUACGUGCCACCGACAAAAAGGUACGUCCCACUGACAACAAAAUACGUGCCACUGACAACAUGAUACGUGUUAUUGACAAACGUGCCACUGAUAGCAAGAUAUGUGCCACUGAAAACAGGAUACGUGCCAAUGACAACAGGAUACUUGCCACUGAUAACAAGAUACGUGACACUGAUAACAAACUACGUGCCAUUGACAACAGGAUAUGUGCUACUUAUAACAAGAUACGUGCCACUGAUAAUUAG